GUUUUUCCUACAGCUGCGCAUUGUCUAUGUACGUACCACAUAUCAAACAACCUCAAGAUGCAUUUUAAAACUGAAGUUGAAUCAGUUAAGGAUGCUUUCAAUGCAGCGGCAAGAGCUUAUACAUUAGAGGAAUUUGAUAAGUAUUGGUCACAAUUGAAAAAGUUGAACCCGUCUGUGGUAACACAUCUUGAAAAAAUUGGCAUACACAGGUGGGCAAGGGUUCACAGUCCAAAUAACAGGUACUUCACCAUGACAUCUAACGCAGCUGAAACAAUAAAUUCUGCCAUAAGAUCUCUACGUGAGCUCCCAAUAACUACACUAUUAGAAGCGCUAAGAGACAUGCAACAACGGUGGAAUGCGGCGAAUAGAGAUGAAGCAAAGUCCACUUUUACUACACUUGCAAAGAAGCCUCAUAAUAUGCUGGAGAAUAAUUACAAAGCAUCAGCGGGAUUCUCU